ACCGGAUUGCCACAGUUUUCUCUCCAUGUGAAUGUGCUUUCUAGCUCUGGUCUAGUGUGCUCUCAAACCUGUCUUUCCACUCUGUCGUCACGAAGGCACCUGAGAGGAUCCUGUUACCGGAAGUCACCGAGCUCGUUGUCACCAGGGGCGGACUCCUUCAGGAGUAAAGUUAAGAAGGGACGUCGUCGUGUAGCAGGAAAAAGAAAGCACCAAACUGGUCAACAUGCUUGUCAGCUGGUUGGUUUCGGUGGCUUUGUUCUUCACCGCAGCGACAGGUGUAAGUGGCUUUACAGUCACCACCAGCAACGCAGAUGUGCGGGUGAAAGAGAAUGACGGGACUGACCUCUCAUGCUCGCAUUCAGCCGACUUCGGUUCAAACGCCAGAGUCGAGUGGAAGUUUAAGAACCUGAAAGGCUCACAGGUGUAUGUGAUUUUUAAUGGGGCACCAACAACGCCAUAUUCCAAACGGGUGACGAUGUACGGUAGUAAUCUGAGAUUCUCCAAAGUGACCCGUGAGGACAACGGAGUGUACGACUGCGAGGUGUCCAGCAGCACCAGUACUAGCCAGUUUGGGGAGGUCAGGGUGAAGAUGACUGUUCUGGUGCCUCCAGCUGUGCCCCUAUCACGGGUCCCCACCUCGGUGACCACGGGCAGGACAACCAAGCUUACCUGCCACGACAGCGUCGGCUCGCCUCCGUCCCAAUACAAGUGGUUCAAAGAUGGCGUCCUCCUGCCCUCUGAACCCAGCAAGAUUGCUGCCUUCAAAAAUGCAACCUACAAGCUAAACACGGAUACCGGCAACCUGGAGUUUACCUCUACAACCAAAAUGGACUCGGGUCAGUACGUCUGUGAGGCGUUCAAUGAUGCUGGUCCUCCUCAGCGCUCUAAAGCCUUGAAGAUGGAAGUCCGUGACGUCAACGUUGGAGGAAUUGUUGCUGGGGUAAUCGUGGCUCUGCUGCUAGUGGCCCUGCUGGUAUUUGGCGUUUGGUAUGCCCACAAGAAAGGAUAUCUGCCCAAGAAGACUGAAAGCAAACCAAAGCCCAGCGUGGUCUACCAGCCCGCAUCCUCACUGUACAGUGGUGGUGACGAUGAAGACGGGGAAUUCAAACAGAAGUCGUCGUUCGUGGUAUAGUCUUCAUCAACGACGGGAGAUCACCUCGCUUUUAAACGUCUCUCGGCAUGGGAUUUUCCUCAAGUCUUUCUUUUGAUUUGCUCCUAAGUUGCAGUUUGUAUAGACCAGUGUGAUUGUUGACCUGAACCGUCUACUUUAGUGUCUCAGAUGCAUUGACGGUUAUGAGCCCUCUUCCAUAUGUCGAUAUUAUUUUAAUGGCAUGAGAUGC